AUGCAUCUUCCCAACAGCAAAUUUUACCGCUAUGCCAUGCAAGUCAUCAUCUAUGGUGAGAUUCUCAAGCAUGAGCGGUACCUUAGCGAUGGCUUCUUCGGUCGCGCCGUGAAGCCCAUUGACGCCUCGGUGAAGGGCAUCUCUGUGGCUCCACGGGGCCUGCACAACGCGCUGGAGUACGGCAUUGUGCAGCUCUCUAAGGACGAGGAGGGUGGGGUCUGCGUGGAGCUCAAAGACAUCACAGAGCGCACUGUGUUGCCCGUCGACGCACGUGAUACCACAUUCAGGGAGCUGCUGAAGAAUGUCAUGUGCGGGUGA